CUUCCUUCUCUAAUAUUUUCUCAUCUUCGUAUUCGGUUCCGUUUUUAUGGCUUCUUCUUCCAAUCAUUUUGACUUUCAUCAUGGAUCUAAUAAUGAUGAUGAUUUUUUUGACCAAUAUUGUGACGAACAAUUUGAUAAUCUAUGUGAUGCUACUGAAGAGGUUAUUCCGACCGAAAGGAAGAAGCGUACUUAUAUAGAAAGAAAUCGGGAAGACGGGCACAAACAGUUGUGGGAGGAUUAUUUCUGUGAUAAUCCGACUUACACGGAGAACCUAUUUCGCAGACGGUUUCGCAUGAACAAGGCAUUGUUCCUGCGUAUUGUAAAUCGUCUCGCAGCCGAAGUGCCAUAUUUUAAACCAAAAAAAGAUGCCACCUUCCGGAAUGGUAUAUCACCGCUACAACAAUGUACUGCAGCAAUUCGACAAUUAGCAUAUGGGGCUGCGGCGGACUCGAUUGACGAAUAUGUACGUAUUGGUGAAACGACGGCACGUCAAUGUUUGGAACAUUUCGUCGUCGCAAUAGUUGAUUUGUUUGGCAAUGAAUACCUACGCCGACCCACACAAGAGGAUCUUGAAAGACUACUCUUUUAUGGAGAACAACGGGGUUUUCCCGGGAUGGUUGGAAGCAUCGACUGCAUGCAUUGGAAGUGGAAGAAUUGUCCAACCGCUUGGAAAGGAAUGUAUUCACGAGGGACCGAUAAACCAACAAUUGUUUUGGAGGCGGUAGCUUCUCCUGAUCUUUGGAUAUGGCACGCGUUUUUUGGAGCGCCAGGUACUUCUAACGAUUUAAAUGUUCUUGAUCAAUCACCAGUAUUUAAUGACAUUAUUUACGGUCGAGCACCCAAAAUGAACUACUAUGUCAACGGAAGGGAGUAUAAUUUGUCAUACUAUCUGACGGAUGGUAUUUAUCCCGAAUGGGCGACUUUUGUUAAAUCCAUCCCACAGCCUCAACACCCGAAACAUUCCUUGUUUGCACAACGUCAAGAAGGUGCACGAAAAGAUGUUGAGCGUGCUUUUGGAGUCCUACAAGCUAGAUUCGCCAUGAUUAAAAAUCCAUGUCGGUUUUUGUCUAAAGGCAAAAUAGCAUAUAUUAUGAGAGCAUGUCUCAUACUCCAUAAUAUGAUUGUCGAAAAUGAACGCCAUUCAUACACUCUCUAUGACGAAGAAGAAUUCGAAAAAGACGAUAUUCAUACGUUUUCAGUCGAGAUGCCUACAAAUCUCCAAGGUCUAGGUGAUGGUCACACAAGAAUUCGUGAUAGACAAGCACAUCGCCAAUUAAGAGAGGAUUUGAUUGAGAAUAUAUGGAAUAAAUUUGGACAUCUUCCAAAUAAUUAAUAAGUUUUUUUUAACUUUGUAUUAAUUAAAUAAAAUGUUUGUAACCUUUAA